AUCAGCUGGCCAGAGCCACGAGGGCGCGCAACAGGGUUGUGUGUGCGCGUUCAAGUAUUUGUAGCCACAUGCUCGUCCGCAGAGCUCAGUCAGCGUUUGACUCAGUCAGCGGCAGAGGGGAUCCAGGAUUUUCCACUUGUCAGUGAACUCCCCGGUACCGAAAAUCAAGUGCAUCCCUCCGGCUCAGAAAGAUGUCAAAGUUGGAUCAGAUCCUCAUCCUCGACCCUCCCUGCGACCUCAAAUUCAAAGGUCCUUUCACAGGUGUAGUCACCACCAACCUCAAACUGAAGAACCCCUCUGACAGAAGAGUGUGUUUCAAAGUGAAGACAACCGCGCCGCGCCGGUACUGUGUACGACCAAACAGCGGCGUCAUCGAAGCUGGAGCGACUGUCAUUAUCUCUGUCAUGCUACAGCCCUUUGACUAUGACCCCAACGAGAAAAGUAAACACAAAUUCAUGGUGCAGACGAUUUUUGCCCCGCCAAAUGUUUCUGACAUGGAUUCAUUGUGGAAAGAUGCAAAACCCGAUGAUCUCAUGGAUUCCAAGCUGAGAUGUGUCUUCGAGCUGCCUUCUGAAAACGAUAAAGUGAAUGACGUGGAGGCGACCAAAGCAGCCCCGGUGAUGAACUCUGCGAAGGCCGACUCAACAGCAUCCACGGUGUCUGCUCCUGGCUCGAUGGACGAGCAGGACUUGAAGAAGGUGCUGGAGAAGUGCAAGAGGCAGCAGACUGAGAUUAACAAGCUGGCUGAGGAGAACCGGCAAUUAAAGGAGGAUGGUCUUAGAAUGAGAAAGGUACCCCGCUCAGACCACAUGACAUCAAACUCAACUAGCCUCCUCGGCCGAGAAGCCAGCACCACCUCCCUGCCCUCCCUCCUCGUCGUCAUAGCAGCCAUCUUCAUCGGAUUCUUCCUAGGGAAGUUCAUCUUGUAGACUGGGAGAUGCAUGCCAGCCGUGUCCCCCGCCACCUCCCCCGACCCUCCUCCCCGGCUCCGGAACGAAAACAAGGCCUGGAAGAAAAAAAAAAUCCGAGAAGUCUUUCUGUUGACUUUGCCAUAUCAUUGGUAGUGUGGCCUACAGUGAACACAUCUGUACAGCAUCAUUCGCCUUUUUACAAUCUCACACGGUUAGUUCACACGAGAGUUGAGUAAAAAAAAAAAGGCGACAAAAAAGUGAUUGCUCCCUUUUUUUGUUUUCUGUUUUUUCUUUCGAUGGCUGGAUGACACAGGUAAUGUGCCGGGACAAUGAAAG